GAUACACUUAUAAAACAUACACACAAGCGCCGGCACACAAUGUCUUAUUUCUAUAUCUUUUAUUUGGGCCAGUCUUUCUUCUGUGUAACAAACCCCUGUGUAACAAACUCCCUCUAACUGGCCACCUGUUAACCUUAUUUACUCUGAUUAACUUCUGGAACCAGCCACUGGCCUAGGACUACCCCCCGCCUCACUCUCAAAUACAAAUGCACGUACCGCUUGUAGUUGACCUGGUAUACACUUAGACAGCCUCAGAGAGAUACAUGCAUGUCUCUUUGAGGAGUUGCAACACGGCACCGUGUGACUAAUGAGUGUGUGUUGUUUGGAGUGAGCUGUGUGUGUGUAUUCACCCACAGGUUCUGCACACUGUGUGUGUGUAUUCACCCACAGGUUCUGCACACUGUGUGUGUGUAUUCACCCACAGGUUCUGCUCGCUCUGUGUUUUCUCCCUUGUCGUGGUGUUGGUAAAACACUGAUUUAGGUCUAACUUCAAUUUAAAGGCUUAUAACCACUCUAUAAAGGCUUAUAACUAAUAUAAAGGGUAAUAACUGCUCUACAAAUACUUAAUUCUAUGUUGGGGCAUAAAACCACUCUAUAAAGGCUUAUAACUUCCAUGUAAAGGGUUAUAAUCACUCUAUUAAAGCUCAUAACUUCAAUUUAAAGUCCUGUAAUGAUCUAUUUAGGUUUAUAACAACAGAUUUUUUGUCUUUUGGUCUGACUCACCAUGACAUUGCUUCACAAUGACAUUAAUGAGAUUUCCUCUUACUCUUUUAUUUUAACCCCACAAAAAUACCUCCUUCUCUUGUGCUUGUGUGGGACCCCCUCUCUCCGUUACUCCCCCACACUCACCUCCCUCCCUCGGUUCCUUGCAUGCCGCAUGUCUCUCUUUCCUUCCGUCUCUGCCCCGGUCUCUCUCUCCACCUGUGAUGGUAUCUCCUGCCUCGUGCACUAACCUCCUGUAUGCCAUGACGGUGCUACAAUAAUCCUCACGGCGUAUUGUUGUUUCAUGCCUUGCACCCUCAUCCCCCACCACUAACUCAUCUCUACUUUGUUUUUGUUUAUUUGUUUGUUUCUUCUUCUCUCCAUUGUGUGUGUGUGUGUGUGUGUGUGCACACGUGCGUGUGUGCCCUCCAAUCUCCCCUGCUUCUGUUUUCUGGCUCCGUGUCUCUGUUCUUUUGCUGUACUGUCCCUCAACAUCUGCCCUCCAUCCAUCCAUCCAUCAUGCCUUCAUCUUCCCUGUCCUCCCGACCCUCCUCCCUCUGGUUGGCCCGCCCUGGUGCAUGCUGGAACUUGUAGGCUUCUACGGUCUGGAUGAGUCGGACCUGGACAAGGUGUUCCGCCUGCCCACCACCACCUUCAUCGGGGGCGCCGAGAGUGCCCUGCCCCUCAAGGAGAUCAUCCGCCGCCUGGAGAUGGCGUACUGCCAGCACAUUGGGGUGGAGUUCAUGUUCAUAAACGACCUGGACCAGUGCCAGUGGAUUCGAGAGAAGUUUGAGAAGCCGGGCGUCAUGCAGUUCACCCUGGAGGAGAAGAGGACACUGCUGGCUCGCAUGGUCCGGUCCACCAGGUUCGAGGAGUUCCUCCAGAGGAAGUGGUCCUCUGAGAAGCGUUUUGGUCUGGAGGGCUGCGAGUCCCUGAUCCCCGCCCUGAAGACCAUCAUCGACAAGUCCAGCGCCAACGGUGUGGAGAACGUCAUCAUGGGCAUGCCUCACAGGGGCCGUCUGAACGUGUUGGCCAACGUGAUCCGUAAGGAGCUGGAGCAGAUCUUCUGUCAGUUUGACUCCAAACUGGAGGCUGCCGAUGAGGGCUCCGGAGACGUCAAGUACCACCUGGGGAUGUACCACCGCAGGAUCAACCGUGUGACGGACAGGAACAUCACGCUGUCCCUGAUGGCCAACCCCUCCCACCUGGAGGCCGUGGACCCCGUGGUGCAGGGCAAGACCAAGGCCGAGCAGUUCUACUGCGGAGACACCGACGGCAACAGGGUGAUGUCCAUCCUGAUGCACGGCGAUGCUGCGUUUGCCGGUCAGGGCGUGGUCUACGAGACGUUCCACCUGUCUGACCUGCCGUCCUACACCACCCACGGCACUGUGCACGUGGUGGUCAACAACCAGAUCGGCUUCACCACCGACCCCCGCAUGGCGCGCUCCUCCCCCUACCCCACCGACGUGGCGCGGGUGGUCAACGCGCCCAUCUUCCACGUGAACGCUGACGACCCUGAGGCGGUGAUGUAUGUGUGCAACGUGGCGGCCGAGUGGCGGGCCACGUUCCACAAGGACGUGGUGGUGGACCUGGUGGGCUACCGACGCAUGGGCCACAACGAGAUGGACGAGCCCAUGUUCACCCAGCCUCUCAUGUACAAGCAGAUCAAGAAGCAGAAGGGCGUGCUGCUCAAGUACGCCGAGAAGCUCAUCGCCGAGGGCGCCGUCACCAGGCAGGAGUACGAGGAGGAGAUAGCGAAGUAUGAUAAGAUCUGUGAGGAAGCUCAUGCUCGCUCCAAGGAUGAGAAGAUCCUCCACAUCAAGCACUGGCUGGACUCCCCCUGGCCUGGUUUCUUCACCCUGGACGGCCAGCCCAAGAGCAUGAGCUCUCCCUCCACUGGUCUGACAGAGGAAGAGCUGGCACACAUCGGACAGGUGGCCUCGUCGGUCCCCGUGGAAGACUUCACCAUCCAUGGAGGUCUGAGUCGUAUCCUGAAGAGCAGAGGGGAGAUGAUCAAGAACAGGACGGUGGACUGGGCCCUGGGAGAGUACAUGGCCUUCGGCUCGCUGCUGAAGGAGGGGACCCACGUCCGCCUGAGCGGACAGGACGUAGAGAGGGGAACCUUCAGCCAUCGUCACCAUGUGCUUCAUGACCAGAACGUGGACAAGAGGACCUGCAUCCCCAUGAACCACGUGUCUCCCAACCAGGCCCCCUACACCGUCUGCAACAGCUCUCUGUCUGAGUACGGAGUCCUGGGCUUCGAGCUUGGCUUCGCCAUGGCCAGCCCCAACGCCCUGGUGCUGUGGGAGGCCCAGUUCGGAGACUUCCACAACACGGCCCAGUGCAUCAUCGACCAGUUCAUCUGCCCGGGCCAGGCCAAGUGGGUCAGACAGAACGGCAUCGUCCUGCUGCUGCCCCACGGCAUGGAGGGCAUGGGCCCAGAGCACUCGUCUGCCCGUCCAGAGAGGUUCCUCCAGAUGUGCAAUGACGACCCUGACGUCAUGCCUAAACUCUCCGAAGACUUUGCCAUUCAGCAGCUGAUGGACUGUAACUGGAUCGUGGUGAACUGCUCCAACCCAGGAAACUACUUCCACGUGCUGCGCAGACAGAUCCUGCAGCCCUUCAGGAAGCCUCUGAUCGUCUUCACCCCCAAGUCUCUGCUGCGCCACCCAGAAGCCAAGUCCAACUUCGACGUCAUGCUGCCGGGUACCCAGUUCCUGAGGCUGAUUCCAGAGGAGGGCACCGCGUCCCAGAACCCCGAGGGGGUGAAGCGCAUCGUCUUCUGCACAGGGAAGGUGUACUACGAGCUCACCAAGGAGCGCAAGACCCACGGCAUGGAGGACACCGUCGCCAUCGCUCGCGUUGAGCAGCUGUCUCCGUUCCCCUUCGACCUGGUGAAGGCUGAGACUGAGAAGUACCCCAACGCCGACCUGGUCUGGUGUCAGGAGGAACACAAGAACCAGGGUUACUACGACUACGUCAAGCCUCGCAUGAGAACCACCAUCCAACGUUCCAAGCCCGUCUGGUAUGCAGGUCGUGAACCAGCUGCAGCCCCCGCCACAGGGAACAAGAAGGCCCACCUGGUGGAGCUGAAGCGCUUCCUCGACACUGCCUUCGACCUGGAUGCCUUCAAGGGCCAGGUCUAACUCCCCCCCACCCCCCUAGUGGUUUAACUCCUCCCCUUCAGGCCCUGUCUCCUCCCCCUCUACUCUAGCCCCGCCCCCCCUGCCUCCGACGGGUUUAUGAGGCGAUGACCCACAACACAGGAGACACACUCCCACCCCUCACCCCUCCUCCACCCCUCACCCUCCUCCACCCCUCACCACAGACGCACACAUCAAGGACUCUGUGCUCAGAGCUCCACAUGAACCCUCCCUCUCUCUCUCCCAAACACACAAGCACAGAUGGCUCGGUCGCCCCGAGCAGACUCACAUCCACCCACAGCCACUUCCUGUCUGGGCAUGCUCAACGCCCACGUCCUCCUGGUGGCCAGGAAAGGGAGAUCCCGUAAAUCGAUUGGUCAUUGUCUGCUUCCUGGUCGGUUGCCUCCGCUGGGCUAACGCUAACUAUCCCUCCAGUGUUUGGUCGUCCAGCCUUCUGUCCCCAGCUCAGGGCAGCAGCAGCAGGGUUAUCUGUAGCAGGGUACCGGUCACCUGAUUGGCCUUCUCAGUCCUCCCCUCUCUGAGCGCUACGCAGUAACACCCUCCCCCUCUCUCUCCCCCCUGCCCCCCCGUCCAACCCCCCCCAGUUCUCCAGGGCUCAUAUCCCCCUCUGUGAGUGCUACUGAAACUACAUCACUUCCUGCAUCUACCAACAGCUUUUUUUCUGUUUUUUUGGGGGAUGUUUUGGAUGUUUCGUUGACGUUUUUUGUUUUUCGUUGCUUUUGUUUUUCUUUCCUUUUUUUUUCUUUUGGGGAAAUCGACUUUGUUCUUCCGUUGUUAACAGCUGAGAUCAUGGAUCCGUGCGUAAGAAGGGAACCUUGUUUGUGUUGUGCUGGAUGUGACGCUGUGCAGCAUCUUAACUGUUAUGUCCUCUGUACUCUGCAUCAUGCACUGUCUCUACUGAGAGGGGCUGAGCGUAGGAGGGAAUUGGAAUGAUGACCGAGUGUAAGAACAGCGUACAGCUUGUAUUUAUUCUCAUUCAUAAUAUGAGGGCUUUGAUCAUGGAUGUUGAGUAGAGCUUUUUCGGAAUGGCACUUUUGUUGAUACCCGAGGUUGAAAUAGAUGAGAUUCUUUUGAGCAUUAGAUCAGUGAAAUACAGAACAGAACCACACAGAGCUGGUCAACCAACCCCUCCAAUGGAUGCUCAUGACCUGAACUAGACCGGACAUGAAACUGACUCUUCGUCAACCUCUAACUCUUUUCUUCUCUCUCUCUCUCUCUCUCUCUCUCUCUCUCUCUCUCUCUCUCUCUCUCUCUCUCUCUCUCUCCUUCUCUCCUUCUCUCCUUCUCUCCUCUCUCUGUCUCUCAAAUCUAUCCCGUGCCAAAAACAUGUAUGAGCAGAAGAAUUGUUUUUAGGGAGGUGAAUGAAAGGAAAUACCGGACAAGUCUUUUUAGCAGUUGUUUAAAAAAUGAUCUCACUCUUUUUGGUUUGGAUGGCACCGUAAGGAAAGGAAAUUAUUUAUUUAUUUUCACAUAGGGGAUUAUGAUUCUUUCGUUAUUUUUUUUAUUUUUUUUUGCUUCGUUCAAUAAAGACUUAUCUUCUCAAAAACA